AUGAAGGCACAGAAGCUAAGAUGGGAGGGGAUGAAGCGGGUGAAAAGCGCUUCCCGUACCCGAACUGCUUUGGUGUUAACUGCAACAACUGCUACUAUAGUCUACACGACUGCUACGACUGCUGUAAAGACUUCCUCGUCGACUGCCGCCUCAUUAACUGCUACGAAUGCGACAUCAAGUACUGCGGACAGUGCUGCCUUUUAGCCAAAGAAUCCGCAACAGUUUAAUAAUGCUGAUAUAAGCAUUAAAGUUUUAUUAAGAUUUAAGUCAAUUCAAGAAAAAAAAAUGUCAUCAAUUAUCCGUCAUUGCAUAGGUAAUAAUAUACUUUUC